CGUCCCGUAGGAGGAAGGACGAGGCGCACACAGCGGCUGGGUUCAGUCCAAACUGUGUGCCUGUGCCGUUCGGGUGUGUGUUUCUGUCUACUGCGGUCCCAGAACCUCUUCUCGCCAAAAAGGAAACUAUGGCCACUCCGCUGACAGACUUCGAAAGGAGGAAGCAAAUAAGUGUGAGGGGGAUCGCCGAGCUCGGAGAUGUGGUGGAGCUCAAGAAGAGCUUCAACAGGCAUUUGCAUUUCACACUGGUCAAAGACAGAAAUGUCGCUACCCCUCGGGAUUACUACUUCGCUCUGGCUCACACCAUCCGCGACCACUUGGUCGGGCGAUGGAUCCGCACCCAGCAGUAUUAUUACGAGAAAGAUCCCAAGCGUAUCUAUUACCUGUCUCUGGAGUUCUACAUGGGCCGAACCCUGCAGAACACUAUGGUGAACUUGGGAUUGGAGAAUGCCAGUGAUGAAGCAAUAUAUCAGCUGGGUUUAGACAUUGAAGAAUUGGAAGAAAUUGAAGAAGAUGCUGGACUUGGCAACGGUGGUCUUGGUCGACUGGCAGCCUGCUUCCUUGAUUCAAUGGCCUCACUGGGUUUGGCAGCAUAUGGCUAUGGAAUUCGCUAUGAAUUUGGUAUUUUUAAUCAGAAGAUUCAUAAUGGCUGGCAGGUAGAGGAAGCUGAUGAUUGGCUACGCUAUGGUAACCCAUGGGAAAAGGCACGGCCUGAAUACAUGCUCCCUGUUCAUUUCCAUGGGCGGGUUGAACAUACCGCAGAUGGCAUCAGAUGGGUUGAUACUCAGGUUGUCCUUGCCAUGCCAUAUGAUACUCCAGUGCCAGGAUUCAAGAACAACACUGUCAACACCAUGAGAUUGUGGUCUGCCAAGGCUCCCAAUGAUUUCAACCUGAAAGACUUUAAUGUUGGUGACUACAUCCAGGCUGUGUUAGAUCGAAACCUGGCAGAGAAUAUAUCUCGAGUGCUGUACCCCAAUGACAAUUUCUUUGAAGGUAAAGAGCUCCGUUUAAAGCAAGAAUAUUUUGUGGUAGCCGCCUCGCUCCAGGACAUAAUCCGUCGCUUCAAAUCUUCAAAGUUUGGUUGUCGGGAUCCAGUCCGCACUUCAUUUGAAACUUUCCCAGACAAGGUUGCCAUUCAGCUCAAUGACACCCACCCUGCCCUUGCCAUUCCUGAACUGAUGAGAAUUCUAGUAGAUGUCGAGAAGCUUGAUUGGGAAAAGGCUUGGGAUAUAACAAAACGGACCUGUGCUUAUACCAACCACACAGUGCUACCUGAGGCUCUAGAACGCUGGCCAGUUCAGAUGUUUGAAAGUCUUCUGCCGAGACACCUGCAAAUAAUCUAUGAAAUCAACCAGAAACAUUUGGACAACAUUGCUGCAUUGUAUCCUGGUGACGUUGACCGCCUGGCACGUAUGUCUCUGAUUGAAGAGGGAGAUCCCAAGAGGAUUAACAUGGCACACCUGAGUGUUGUUGGAUCACAUGCUGUUAACGGAGUUGCACAAAUUCAUUCAGAAAUCGUGAAAAGUACAGUUUUCAAGGAUUUCUAUGAACUUGAGCCAGACAAAUUCCAAAAUAAAACGAAUGGGAUUACUCCAAGACGUUGGUUGUUACUAUGCAACCCUGGCCUUGCAGAUGUCAUAGCUGAGAGGAUUGGAGAGGGUUUUAUCACAGACUUACACCAGUUGAAGAAACUGCUGGCCUUUGCUGAAAAUGAAGCGUUCAUUAGAGAUGUGGCCAAUGUUAAGCAGGAAAAUAAACUAAAAUUUGCUGCUUAUUUGGAAAAAGAGUAUAACGUCAAAAUAAACCCUUCCUCUCUCUUUGAUGUUCAUGUGAAGCGGAUCCAUGAAUAUAAAAGGCAGCUACUUAACUGUUUACAUAUUAUCACUCUGUAUAACCGUAUCAAGAAGGAACCAAACAAAGCCUUUGUACCAAGGACAAUCUUGAUUGGAGGGAAGGCAGCUCCUGGCUACCACAUGGCCAAGAUGAUCAUUAAACUCAUAACAUCCGUUGGAAAUGUCGUCAACAAUGAUCCCAUUGUGGGUGACAGACUGAAGGUCAUCUUCCUGGAGAACUACCGAGUGUCCCUUGCUGAGAAAGUGAUACCUGCAUCCGACUUGUCUGAACAGAUUUCAACGGCUGGUACAGAAGCCUCGGGCACAGGGAACAUGAAGUUUAUGCUGAAUGGAGCCUUGACAAUAGGAACCAUGGAUGGUGCUAAUGUAGAAAUGGCUGAAGAGGCAGGAGAGGAGAACCUCUUCAUCUUUGGAAUGAGAGUGGAAGAUGUUGAGGCACUUGAUAAGAAGGGGUACGAUGCCAGAGAAUACUUCGAAAAGCUGCCUGAAUUGAGACAAGCUAUAGAUCAGAUCAGUGGUGGAUAUUUCUCUCCUAAAGAGCCAGAGCUGUUUAAAGACAUAGUUAACAUGUUGAUGUACCAUGACAGGUUUAAAGUAUUUGCUGACUUUGAAGCAUAUGUGAAAUGCCAGGAGAAAGUUAGUAAGCUUUAUAAGAAUCCAAAGGAUUGGACCAAGGUGGUGAUUAAAAACAUUGCCAAUUCUGGCAAGUUUUCAAGUGAUAGAACCAUCAAGGAGUAUGCCAGAGAGAUCUGGGGGGUGGAGCCUUCAGACGUGAAGAUUCCUCCUCCUAACGAACCGAAGGCUUAGUUUAAGUGCUUAUGAGUUAUCAAGACAGGAGUGUGCGCAAUCUAUGCUGAUGUGUUUUUGUCUAAUACCUCUGCACAUAUGCCAGAUUUGUGUUUAUUAUGGAAAUGGCCUUGCAUUAGUUUUUUCUUUACAAGUACACUUACUGUGCACCUUAUUAAAAUGUUUGUGAAAAGUUAUUUGAUGUCUGUUACCUAAAUUAGCUUACUUUUUAACUGUAGAUUCCUUUAAUAUAAUUAUGGAUCUGUCUGUUCUUCAAAGGGUUAACAUGUUGAGCCUGAUUUUUUUUUUAUUAUUUGUUUGACUCUGUUUAGUGAUCUUGAUUGUGUCUAAUGGGCAGAGCUCAAUUCAGAAUUAUAAUAGUAGUAAUGUUUCUUCCACAAAUGCCUUUAACAGAUUGUGCCUGUACUGUUUAAUUUGAUGGCUGUUCUCAAGUGCAAUAUUUGUUUACGUGUAAGGUAACUGUAACAAGGGGACUUUUUGUACAUGAGCACUGAGAUAAUUUUUACUGCAAUUGAGCAUUUAAGGCACGAAGGCGAAAAAUAAAAUGAGGAUUUAAGAGUGAAUUAAAACAUUUUGCUGGCA